UCGAUUGUUCGCACCCUCGAGCAUGCUGGGAAGGUUCACAGUUGAUAUCGAUUGUUCGCAAUUGUUAAUGUGAGAAAUCACGUCACCGCUUGGAUCAGCAGGUUCAGAGGAGAGGACGGGUGGACCGAAUUUUGAGAGGAAGUGAUGAGCUGAGAGAGGUCAGUGUGGGUGGAGAUGACUGUUACCCUUUGGAGAAUGGAGAAUGGCAUCUCCAUUCUCAUGCAAUGUUCGCCACAUUGGCAAGGGAAAGGGCAGAUUUGCAUGAGAAUGGCGAAAAUGGCAUCUCAAAUUCCACAACACGGUCUCAAAGGAAUGGGAGACGCACCACCUCCCAUUCGCCAUAGGAAAUGACACCGUCGAACCCGACACCUGGCUAGCUGCGGACGGAGGGCUUCUGUGCUUCAACGGCAAGAGAAGCCCAAACUCUAUCGUGGUGUACAAUCCUCUCUCCCAGCAGUGGAGACAGAUCUCGCUCCCCGCGAGCUUCCUGCCCACAGUCUUCUCGGAAGAUCACCGGGGCAAUCCGUUCCCGUGCUUCAUGCUGGGAAUGGUGGCAGAUCGUGACACGGGCUAUAAGGUGGUCGUAUCGGGGCUGGCCUCAGAAAUUCCCCAACCGACGUUCACAUUCGAUCUCGAACGGGGAGCUGGCAGGCUUCGAGCGAGAACUUGGGCAAGGAGAUCAAGCUCAUGGAUUACGGCCUGGUGUCUCUGUACCACAAUGCCGAGCCCGAGAAGUUCUGGAGGCAAUUCUUGCCCAUCAAGUGCGUGGCCGUGGCCGUGGCCGAAGGUGGGACCUUCUACAUCGUCCACGUGCAUCAUCUGGACUGCCACAUCCCCGAGAGCUGGUCUACAGACAGUCCGAGCCCCCCGGCAAAAAAAUUCUCCUGCUUAUCAGCUUGGGAGGAUCUCCGACACGACAAUCUCCGACACAAUCUGCUGUGGACCUUCACCCCAACCUUGAAAGCUUUUGUGUAAGCACCCGAGACCGCAAGAUUGCUUGAUCGCCCGCCAACCGACAGGCGGCCACGCUCGAAGCCGGAGCAUCAGGAGCCGCCGGAAUCUUUGUUCGGUAUCCUGGAACGGGGGCUUUCGCGCUGCACCACAUACAUUGGUCGUCAAACCCGAAAUUCGAAGAAGAUCAGGAGGAGUUAAAAGCUUCAACCGUAACGAGGAUUCUAGAGAGGGGAAGAGAUAUUUCCCGAGGUAGAACCGCAAUCAUGAGCCCAGAUGUGCAAAUGCAGGAUUGUGUGUACUGUCAAAGCCACUCCCGUGACCAUCAUCUCCUCUCAAUGCAACCCUCCGGCUCCUGGGCUGGCAACGCAUCAUAACGAGGUGGAGGCAGGGGUGGAAAAAACCACUAAUUUUUUCCAAAGUACAUUGGUUUAAUUCAAUAACUUUAAUGGGUUUUUUAUUGACACGUGUACGUCUAUGAUAGGAG